GACGAGGACACGCCGACGUCGGACGACCUGGAGCAGUUCGCCAAGCAGUUCAAGCAGCGGCGCAUCAAGCUGGGCUUCACGCAGGCCGACGUGGGGCUGGCACUGGGCACGCUGUACGGCAACGUGUUCUCGCAGACCACCAUCUGCCGCUUCGAGGCCCUGCAGCUGAGCUUCAAGAACAUGUGCAAGCUCAAGCCGCUGCUGAACAAGUGGCUGGAGGAGGCGGACUCGAGCACCGGCAGCCCCACGAGCAUCGACAAGAUCGCGGCGCAGGGCCGCAAGCGCAAGAAGCGGACCUCCAUCGAGGUGAGCGUCAAGGGCGCGCUCGAGAGCCACUUCCUCAAGUGCCCCAAGCCCUCGGCGCAGGAGAUCACCAACCUGGCCGACAGCCUGCAGCUCGAGAAGGAGGUGGUGCGGGUCUGGUUCUGCAACCGGCGCCAGAAGGAGAAGCGCAUGACGCCGCCCGGGAUCCAGCAGCAGACGCCCGACGACGUCUACUCGCAGGUGGGCACCGUGAGCGCCGACACGCCGCCGCCGCACCACGGGCUGCAGACGAGCGUGCAGUGAAGGCCCGGGCGCCGAGCGGAGCGGGCCGCCACCGCCGCCGCCACCACCGCUGUCACCCCGCCGCCGCCCCCGCCGCCGCCGCAUCGGGCCGGGCCGGGCCGCCCUCCCCUCCGCCCAAAGACAGGCAUGCCCGCCCUGGGAGGAACGGAGAGGGACGCACCGAGGAGACGUGGUUUGAAGUCCAAGGAAGGAGGGGCAAGCAAACAAACCAACAAACAAAGCAUCACAAAUGCCCAGACUGUUUUAUAUACGCGUACAUGACAAAACCAGAAGAGAAAAGGGGGCGAUCAUGCGAUCUCGUUUAUACUGUGGUGGUGGUUCGUUUUUGUUUUGCUUUCUAAAGAAGGGUGAAGAUGCCUAGCGCACCAAAACUGCACUCGUGAGGUUUUUCCCACCCUGAGAAUUCCUACAUGGCGACGGUGGAUAGAACCUAGCACCUGCCUCGUCUUCUCCUCUUAAAAAUUGAAAGAAAAAAAGAUUUUUUUCUUUAUAAAGAAAAGCAUCCUCCUCACUUCCACCCCCUCCCUCCAAAGGGCCCCCGCCUCCAGAGAGCCAGAGAGCCACCGAAACUUUGUUUCCUGGGAGCGACCUGAAAGCAAGCAGAGGCACUGGGUUCAAUCAGGGGUGACUCUGCGCUCCCGAACCCUGUUAUUCUUGUCCAUGUUAAAGUCACUUGGGGACAAACUGACUGUGAAACGGGAAGGAGAAAAAAGAACAGUUUCCAGAAAACAAGAAAUAUAUAUAUAUAUAUACAUAUAUAUAUAUGUACUCACAGCUUCUGAAAUUAACAGACUGAUAGCAAAGCCAAAAGAAAAAGAAUACGUAUCCUCAACGUAACCUUGGAAAUAAAAAGCAUCACGAAAGAGCAGAGGGAUGGGCGAGGGAGCAGGAGACGUCCACCGGCGAGUGAGGGAGGCCCCGGCCAGUCCAGGCGCGGGCAGGCGGACUGGGCGUGGAGCAAGGCCCGGCUGCCAACCCCGGCUCAUCGGCGGCCGCUCGGGCGGACGACGCCUAGAGAUGCCACCGCUAAUAUUUUUUUUAUUAAUAUUUUUUAUUUUUUAUUUCUGGACUGACUCAGAUCAAGGGAGUUAGAAAGACAGCACUUCUCCGGACUCCUCUCCUCAAUCCGUUGCCAACUUUGAUCGAAUGGGUGCUGUGGAAGUGAUUAUAUAAUACUGCCCUUUCCAAGCAGUGUUUUUGGUAGGUUUUAAUAAACAGACUUUUCAAAAGACGGCAAUAUAGAAUUGUUAGAUCCGUUGUUGAUCUAAAAAUAUUUGCUUUAUAUUUUCAUUAAAUGACUUCUUUUAAUAUUUUAUUCAGAAUACUUAUGAACUGCUGCAAAACGGUAAUUUAUUUUUCCCCAGAUCUUGUAUUACGUGUUUUUUUCAGACGAGCACAAAUCAAAAUGAAAUGAAAAAAUAUGGACAGUUGUUAGGUAAUAAGGGUAUCUUUUGAUGUGAUCAUUUGAUUGUAAUUUAAUUUGAGUAGUGAUUCCGUAAGAGCUGAUCGAGAAAAUAAAUUUGUUAGAAUGAAAUAGUCUGUGUCUGAUGCAUAAACACUGUGUGGGAAGAAAAGAGUCCUUUAGAAAAUAUUUUUUUACUAAUACAAAUCCUUAAGGGAUAGUGCUAAGUGAGGAAGUAGGACCCUGCUCCACUUAAGAUAUAUUUGCAAACCUAGAGUAAAGGUCAAUGACAGAAACCGCUAGUAAUUGACAUAAAUAGUCACUCCUUGUUAGUCCAUUAAUUUCACUAUAUUCUUCUCUCCCUUAAUUUUAGUGGGUGUUUUUAGUAUUUUUCGGUGAGAUUAUCUCAAUGCUAGUCUUUUCCUCAGAGAUACCUGUGUCCUUUCAUCAUCUUUAUCAGAAAGUUGGACUACAUCACCAGUAAAAAAACAUGCCAACUGAUUAUUAAUGGUUAAUACAGAGUGCCCCCCCAAAGUUUAGCCUCUCUUUUUCCUCUCAUCCCCCACCUCUGCCAUAUCACUACGUCUCUUUCCUCUUCUGAAGAUUAAUACUUGUAAAGAAAAGCUUACAAGUCGAUGAAAUAUUUUUAUAUCAAUUACUUCUGGCGAAUAAUUAUCUGUAAUUAAGUUUAAGUUAUUAAGCUGUUUUUUUGGGGGGGGAGUGUUUUGUUUUUCCUAUCAUGAAAGUAGUUCUAAAAUCCUGAUUAUGGUCCACACUGCAUUCUGUCAGUGUGAUUACCAGUUCAGACUUAAGCUUCUAGGUUUCUGUGUUUCGGUCUCUCCCCAGUAUGAUUCUAGAUCUUCUUUACUGGUGCUGGGGUUUUUUGCUUUUUGAUCACUCUUUAGACACACCCUGCAGAGCGGUCACAUUUAUCAAGUUAAUGUAUCAAUAUUUACAAUGUGGGAAAGUGAAAGUGUCAUGCCUCAGGUUGUAAGUAACAAGACAACAAGACGCAAGAGGCUCUGCCUAGUUGGGUCCGUUGAUAUUCUACUUUUAAAAAAAAAGGUUUUGGGGUGAGAAA